AUGUCUGCAAACCAGACCGCAUCCGCUGUUGUAGCCGUGUUAACAAUUCUUCUCUCCCUGGUGUACAUUGUCGGAUUGUACUAUCUGUACCGCUACUCUGGUCGGUAUCCGAGGGCCCUAAACAAGGCCUCCAGUGUACGCCUUCAGAAAUACGCACCUAUGGUUUGGAUUUUCCUGAUCUUCACGAGCAUCAUAGAGGUCGCCAUCAGUGCAUGGAUCCUAGGCGUAUACCGGGCAACCGGUGCAUAUCCCAGCGUAGAAGCAUGGAAUGGUAUGAUACUUUCUUUAUUUUCCGCGUGCUGGACGCUUGUGUUCGCCACGAUUUAUUUGGGGCUUUUCAUGCACCCAACCCUUUGGCAGCACCCUGCAGUAUCAGUUGGAUCCCAGGCCGUCUGGGCGCUAAUCACUUGGUGCUUUUGGGUCGCAUGUACUGCUAUCUUGAACGGUGCAUUACCCCUUGCUACCACGGGUAUCUGUCUGGGUAUUGUGCAUUGUAGCCAGAUACAAGCGCUGUUUGGUAAGUUCACGCUCUUACUGGACUGCUUCCGAUCGCAAGGCUGA